GCCAUUGGCCGUCAUGCGUCUUUUGGUCCUUUCUUGAAAGCCCCAAAUUACGGAAUCCGGUGUAACAGUAUCGUAUAACUAAGCUUCAAAAGGACAGCUACUCUCAACUCAAUCAUAUCCCGAGAACAGAAGGUGGACGCGCGUGUUGGGAAGAAGGAAGAUCUUGCUCCUUCCAAAAUGAAUAACAAGCGAAAGCGAACAGUACAGGUGCCCAUUCCAAACGCUCCAACAAAAACUGAGACGCCAAACUCAGAUGGACAAGGCCAUAGCAGGCCCGAUAAGCGGCUCAAAAGGGCAGAACUUCCAUUGGACAAAACUUCAAGGGAGCUGAAGACGAGGGUUGUGACUUCUCAGAGACUCUGUUCAAAAAUUGGUCAGCGGAUCAACAGAAUACCCUUAGACCCGCUCGAUAUCUUUGUUUUUGGUGAGGGAUCGUCUGGCGAGCUCGGCCUUGGCAGCAAGAUCGUCAAAGGCCAGUCACUGACGGACGUGACGCGGCCACGGCUGAAUAAGCUGCUCUCUGCAGACGACAUUGGCGUGAUCCAGAUCACCUGUGGCGGCAUGCAUGCGGUCGCGCUUACCAAGGACAACAAGAUCCUUACAUGGGGUGUUAACGACCUUGGUGCUCUAGGGCGCGCGACAAAUGUCGAAGAGGAUGAAGAUGAUGUUUUCAACCCUGCGGAAAGCACACCCGGGCCCGUCGACGUCUCGGGCCUUGAUCCAAAUAUCAGAUGGGCCCAGGUAGCUGCAAGUGACAACGCCUCGUUUGCCCUAACCGACGACGGCAGGGUGUAUGGUUGGGGGACGUUCAGGUCCACUGAGGGAAUCAUGGGGUUCAGUAGGGAUGUCAAGGUUCAGAAGACCCCAGUCCUCAUCCCAGACCUCCAGGAUAUCAGACAACUAGCCGCCGGUAACAACCAUGUACUUGCGGUCGACGGCAAGGGCAAGGUGUAUGCAUGGGGCUGUGGAGAACAAGGCCGACUAGGUCGUAAAGUGCUGGCCAGCCAUCCCGAGCUUGGCCUCAGACCAGCCAGCGUAGGGGCUCUUCCGAUACGCGGUGCGAAGGCUACUCAAGUCGCCUGUGGCUCUUAUCACAGUUUUGCCGUCGAUGAGCAAGGCCGUGUCUAUGCCUGGGGCCUAAAUACCUACGCGCAGCUGGGCACCCCCGAUGGGGCCGGCGAGGACAACGCUCACCACUUUAAACCGCGCCUUGUCGAGGCCCUAAAAGACUACAAGGUUACGAGCAUCGCCGGUGGGGAGCAUCACUCUCUCGCAUCUAGCGAUGAUGGCAAGCUCCUUACAUGGGGUCGCAUAGAUGGCAACCAGGUUGGCGUGCGUCCCGAAGCUAUCACGGCCGAGAACACUGUCUAUGAUGAGCGUGGCACUCCUCGUAUUUUGAAAACCCCAACGGUCAUACCAGACAUCCCGCCCAUUAGCUUGGUCGCAGCUGGAACAGAUCACAGCUUUGCUCUUACUACUGAUGGAAAGGCCUAUUCGUGGGGAUUUUCUUCCAAUGGAAGGACUGGGCAAGGUACGGAGGAUGACAUAAAGAUUCCGACUGUGAUCGAUGGUCAGGCUGUCAACGGAAAGAUGCUAGUUGUCGCCAGUGCUGGUGGAUCUUUCUCCAUACUCGCCAUGGCCCAUAAUUCUUGAAUACUUGCUGGUGAUCGUUCUAAGUUAAUCUUGAAACAACUCACCUGGCCAAUUUUGCCGCGCUGGGAUCGAGCUACACAAAGAGCUCGGCAACCAGAGCGAUCCUGCCAGCUGCAGCGUCGAUCAAUAUUUGAAGAAUCAAGUAUGGAGUCCGGCCGGCCAGAAGCACCUGAUAUGAGAUCCC